ACGCCGGCCGGCCUUGCCCUUCCCGCUGCCCAGGAACCGCGAGCGAGCCGGCCCCGGGAGCCCCUGCACCGCGCCCCCGCCGCCACCAUGGGCAACAUCUUCGGGAACCUGCUGAAAAGCCUGAUUGGCAAGAAGGAGAUGCGCAUCCUGAUGGUGGGGCUGGACGCGGCCGGGAAGACCACCAUCCUCUACAAGCUGAAACUGGGCGAGAUCGUCACCACCAUCCCCACCAUCGGGUUCAACGUGGAGACUGUCGAGUACAAGAACAUCAGCUUCACCGUGUGGGACGUGGGCGGCCAGGACAAGAUCCGGCCCCUGUGGCGGCACUACUUCCAGAACACCCAGGGGCUGAUCUUCGUGGUGGACAGCAAUGACCGGGAGCGGGUGAACGAGGCGCGCGAGGAGCUGAUGCGGAUGCUGGCCGAGGACGAGCUGCGGGACGCCGUGCUCCUCGUCUUCGCCAACAAGCAGGACCUGCCCAACGCCAUGAACGCGGCGGAGAUCACGGACAAGCUGGGCCUGCAUUCCCUGCGUCACCGCAACUGGUACAUCCAAGCCACGUGCGCCACCAGCGGCGACGGGCUCUACGAAGGCCUGGACUGGCUGGCCAACCAGCUGAAGAACAAGAAGUGAGCCGCCCUUCUGCCCACCCCCUCUCAGGCUGGCAGGACCCGUCGGUUCUCCCCCCUCCCCCUCUCGUUGGGUUUUGCUUUCUUUCUGGCACCGGUUGCUGUGGGUUUGAUUUGGGGUCUCGGUUCUGGCCCCCCCCUCCCCCGGGGUUUGCACGGAUCUCGGUGUGUGUGCGCGUGUGAUGAAUAUAUCGAUAUAUAAAUAUUUAUGGGGGGCGGGGGGCAUCUGCUUCCGUGCUGGGGCAGCCCCCUGCCGCCGGGGUGGGGGGCACCGACUGCCCCGCGUGUAGCAGUGGCCUUUCUUUUGUGUUGUUUUUAUGUUGUUCUUGGUGCCCUGUGACGUGACACGGAGGUAAAUUCCUCAAGGCAGCUUUAAGCUUCUGUGUAGGGGGGGCUACUGGUCUGUGCUGGGGGGGAGGGGACACUGCAGGGGGAGGGGGCAGCUGGGCGAGUCGUUUCUGGGUCUCAUCCCGUUCCAUCUUUCAUCUGGGUGGUGGUGGUGGGGGGGGUUGGUAUCACUUGCUAGGGCAGCGCCCCCUGCUGGCAACGUGGCCCUUUCCCCAGUCUCCCCCUGCUCCACACUGUACAGGCACCGGGGGGGGCUGGCAGAGCUGGUGGGGGACCAGUGCAGUCUCUGUGCAAGGGAGGUGAACGUUGCCGAGAGGGGCGCCGGGGGGCUGUGGAUUCAGUGGCAGAAUCGGGACCAUGGUGGAAAUUGCCCCUCCAGCCUCGCCGCCCCCCCUCCCCCCCCGGGUUUCAGACGCUGCCGGACCCAGCGUUCCCGUGCGCUUCCCUGUGUCUCCACUGGGGCGGCACCCACAGCUGCUAAAUAACUCCCCCGAGGUCGCCCCAGAGCAAGGGCCCCAGGUUCACCCCCCCCACACACCAAAUCAUGUCACUUCAAGAGGGAGGAUUCCUCCCCCUGCAGCAGCCCCCCCAUGUUCCCCAGCGCCCACCUCCUCGGCAGCUGUGGGGGGCUGUGGGGGGCACUCCCGUUAUCAUGACCACCUGCGGUGGGGACACCCCAAGAGGCGCCUGUUGGGCUGAGCAGGGAUUUAGGGGAGAUGCAUCAGGGACCCCCACUGCCCCCCGGACUUGCCCACAGCAGAGGGAUGGUAGCCGUGGGGAUCCUGUCCCCCAGGGGCCGGUGGUGGGAGCACGUUAGCUCAGGUUGGGCUGGGUAAUUAGCGGCUGUUUCUUGGUGGGCUGGUUAGCAAGGAGUGUAUUAAUUUUUCCUUUGUACCCGCCCCCCCCAGCAGUCAUGCAUGUGACCCCCUCCAAUCCUUCUCCCCCAAGAUGGAGGGAAAUUGGGCCUCACCCACUCCCCCGGCUUGGGGAGCCACCUAACCAGCCAACAGGGGCCAGCGAUUCACACGGUGACCCCCCCCCCCCCCGUCGUGCAGCACAGUGAUUGUAACGAGAACACACACACCCCCUGGGCGGACGGACGGACGGACUGUCAGCUCCUCCCCAGCACAUGUAUUUAUACCCCCGGUCUCUGCUUGGUGUGACAUGUUGCCCGUGGUUCUGCCCUGGGACGUGGCCCGUGUGUAUAGCACCACCUGCCUCUUCCCCCCCCCCCCGGCUCUCGGGGUGUUGGAUACACGAGGACCCCUGUACCCCCAUUGAAUAUUAAACAUGUUUUAUGUA